CUAGGUUUGCCAAACCAAAUCCCCAUAGGGGUCCUUUCAGAACAAGCCAAAACCCUAACCGCUUCUCUCGCUUUCUCUCUCUACCUCACUCCUUUCUCUCUCUACCUCCUCCAUCUCCAUCCAUGGCUUCUUCAUCUUCUAGAACCAAAUCCAGUGGACCAGUUCUACGAUCUCUUUCACCCUCUGGCAGAUUCUGCUCAUACACCACAUCCAAAACUCCAUUCUCAUCACAAUCCUCAGCUUUCGCUUCAUCCACCGGUUCCAGUUUUUCAUCUCCGUCUUCCACCUUCUUCACUCAAUCCAAUUACCACAACAAUCAGAUCCACCACCACCGUUCCGCUUCACCAACUCGCGUCAAUCUAUAUUCCGCUGCACCUCUCUCCUCCGGUGUCCGAUUCUCGAUCGAUUCCCGGUCUAUCUCACCGAACCGGUCGAUUUCGAAUCAGAUCAUCUCCCGGAACAACCGUCCGAUCUCGGCGCAGAAGAAGUCCUGUAUGUGCUCGCCGACGUCGCAUCCUGGAUCGUUCCGUUGCAGCCUCCAUAAGCACACCGGAAACAACAACAGCAACACCGAUUCGUGUCCUUCCAAUCGCCUCAACAUGCGUAGAUCUGCGAUGAAGAACUCGCUGGUGAGAAUCGGAGGUGUGGAGGGAGAGUGGGUGAAAAGAGCCCUAACCGCACUGAUCCGUCCCUCAUCUCACCAGCAGAGGCGGAGAUCGGCGUACGAGCCCAGACCUAGCCGUCUCUCAGUCAUGACCAAGGCAGCAGAUCUAUAAUUUCCCCUUAUUUUUAACUUUUACAGGUUGGAUCAAGAUUUUCAAGCUGUUACUGCUGGUAUUUUCGCCACCAGUCCUCCACCUCCACCACAACAACCACCGUGUCCUUCAGCCUGAGAUGGAAGUCCGGCGAAGCAGUCAGAUAGCAGCAAGCGAGUUAGCACUCUCCGGCGAGUUUUGAAUCCGUCGCCUGGAGCAGAUGGAUGAAUUGCCACCGGUGAUUUGGAAGAUUCUCUGCAUAGAUCUAUGAGAUUGGAUCCACACAAUUGCUUGUUUGUACAUAACGUUUGCUUAUGGAAGCAGAGUUUUGGA